UAUGUGUGUGUAUAGGUAUGUGCAGCUGUCUGCAAAAGCCAGAGGAGUUGGAUCCCCUGGAACCAGAGUUACAGCAGACUCAGGUCCUCUAAUAGAGCAGUAUGUGCUCUUAACUGCCAAGCCGUCCCUUCAACCCUUUGUGUUUUGUUUUUAAAUCUUAUUUUCUAGGUCCAGAAGCUGCUUUGCAUGUGCCCAGUAGAUUUCCAUGGAAUCUUCCAACUAGAUGAAAGGCGGCGAGAUGCAGUGAUUGCCCUGGGCAUUUUUCUCAUUGAAUCCGAUCUUCAGCACAAAGACUGUGUUGUUCCUUAUCUUCUUCGACUUCUCAGAGGUCUUCCAAAAGUAUAUUGGGUUGAAGAAAGCACAGCUCGGAAAGGCAGAGGUAACCUCCCAGUUGCGGAGAGCUUUAGCUUCUGUCUGGUCACUUUGCUGUCUGAUGUGGCUUACAGGGACCCCUCCCUGAGGGAUGAGGUAAGUGUCUGAUGACAGUGGUGCUUGGAUGUUAGUUGACCAGAACCCCAGAGCCGGGCGGCGGUGGCAACGCCUUUAAUCCCAGCACCCGGGAGGCAGAGCCAGCCUCAUCUACAGAGCGAGA